UUAGUCGGAUGACUGAAGAGAUUUGUUUAAAAAGCCAACUGCAGGACUCGAGCAUGUGAAACAAUUGAAACAAGGUGCCUGAAAAGUUUGAACUCACUCACAGAGUCUGAAGUAGCUUUUUGAGGCCAGUGGAAUCGGGGCUGGCUCUUUAACAGCAACAUCAUUAAUUAAAAAGUACAAACAUUAAUUCACAAAGAUCCGCCUUUGUAAAGCACACCCGAACAUCAAAGGGGCAUCUGAAUGAAGGCGAUGACUAGCGUCACACUCUGUAUCUGUCUAUCUCUCUUAUCCGUGGGCUUCUCAGAGAAAGACUUCAAGGACACAAUUGCUGGCAAAUCGGGCCACAAUCUGAUGCAUAAGGAAAAUAAAGGUUGGGACUACAGCAAUAUUCAGACAACGUUUAGCCUUCAGAGCUCAAAAUUGACUGAUGAUGAGGACUGUGACAUUAUUGCAGGUGUGGGAGAGAGUCUGGUGAAAUGUAACUUCAAUGUGACGUCUAAGACAUUUGUUAUCAUCCAUGGGUGGACGACAACUGGACUGAUGGAAUCUUGGAUCAGCGGAAUGGUUAAAGCUCUGCAAACACAAGAAGUAUAUGCAAACAUCAUUGUAGUCAACUGGCUUGAGCGUGCACACCAACUUUAUACAAUUGCUGUCAAUAACUCAGAGGUGGUUGGAAGAGAAAUUGCCAUGUUAGUUGACUGGCUGGAGCAGGUGACUGAUGUGCCGCUUCAUAAGAUACAUAUGAUUGGCUACAGCUUGGGAGCUCACGUUGCAGGAUUUGCAGGAAAAGCUACACAAAAUAAAAUUGGACGAAUAACAGGUUUGGAUCCAGCUGGACCCAUGUUUGAGGGGGUCAACCCGGACCAGCGACUCUCCCCAGAUGAUGCAGACUUUGUAGAUGUACUACACACUUUUGUAUAUGAUACACUGGGAGUUAGCAUUGGCAUCAAACAACCAAUUGGCCAUAUUGAUGUGUAUCCAAAUGGUGGCAGUUUCCAGCCUGGAUGUGGCCUUCAUGAUGUCAUCAGUAUUAUAGCCAAUGCAAAUAUUGGUGAAGUUGUUUAUUGUGAGCAUGAGCGUUCAGUGCAUCUCUUCGUUGACUCCAUCCUGAACCAGGAUAAACAGAGUCUGAUGUAUCGAUGUCCCGACACUAAGACAUUCGAGAAGGGAAUGUGCCUCAGCUGUCGAAGGAAUCGUUGUAACAAGCUGGGCUACAAUGUCAACAAGAUCAGAAGCAAACGUCUCAACAAGAUGUACCUGAAGACACGAGCAGAUAUGCCCUUUAAAGUUUUCCACUACCAGUUGAAACUGCACUUGUUCAGUGCAGAAGAAAUACAGAAUUCAAAUCCUGAACUCCAUGUUAAGUUGUAUGGGACCAAAGCUAACAGCAAGAAGACCAGAAUCGAAAUGCCUGAGCAAAUUACUGCAAACAGGACAAGCUCCUUCCUUGUCUACCUGGAGGAAGACAUUGGAGAUUUGCUUAGCAUUAAACUAAUAUGGGAAGGUUCCUCAUCAUCCUGGUCAUUUUGGACACAGCUCAAAAAUCUCUGGUAUGGGUCAAAUUCUAAUCAAAGAAAAGAAUUGAAAGAGCUGGAAAUAAGGAAGAUCCGUGUGAAGUCUGGGGAAAUGCAGAAGAAAUAUACAUUUUGUGCGGCCAGUCCCUCAACCAUGAAAAUUUCACCGGGAAGGGAAAUGAUGUUCACGAAGUGUCUAGAUGGCUGGCCAAUUAAAAAAUAAAAUGAGUUUGCACUUUUAACAUUACUGUGGUGAUCUUUGGAGUUACGCUACAGCAUGUUCAAGGGACUUGAAGUUGACAAGUUCCUGGAUGCCUUCCCGAGGAGUUGCCGCAGCCUUUGUCUCAAGAAAGACUAUUCCUACUACAGCAUACAGUUUCUUCAUUUGUUCUGCAGGGCUUGUUUAGCACAUUGUACUCACAUUAUGACAAGAGACCUCCUGAACAUUGGCUGUGCUGCUCAUGGACUGAGUUCCCA